AUGAAUGCUUCUGAUGUACUGAAGCUUAUAUCAUCAGCCGUGUGCUGCGUGCAUCUUUUGGAAGCAUUGUUCCGCGACAGCACCGUUCAUGGGCUACGCGCUGGACCGAGCUCUGGCCCGCUCCACCUGGACUCAUAUGGCCGCCCAGUGCAUCUCGCCGAGCCAGGCCGUAUUUGGAAUGUUUCACCAUCCGCACAAGGCACUGGCGUCCUCAGCGCCUCGCUACCUGAGACGCCUUCCGUUACAAUUCCGGGAUCCACUGAACCUAAUCUCCAUUACGGAACAUUGCAGCUCAAGGACGGCACGGUCCUAGACCGGUCUCCUACCGUUCCAGCUGCCUCAAGUGCUUCGUUUCAGCCAGUUGACCCAUCUCUCGGAGUAACUUCUGCAGGAGGUCAAUUGGGAGGCAUGCUACGCGCCCUUCCGAGCUUGGGCAUAAAUCCAUUUCAGCUUCCAAGCUUUAGCCUUCCAAUGCUGAACUUGAAUCUCCCUUGGGCAUUAAUGUCUCUCGUCCAAUAUACCGGUGCGACACGUAUUUCAGUAUGCCGAAGUAACCGAUUGGAUUUAACGUGUUAUAUACUUCAUAGGAUGAUAUCGACUGCCAUCGUGACUGUGAGAAAGCAACAGCGAAGUUCAUUAGUCCACAAUAAGGCCGCCGACAGAUUCGUUGCAGUGCCCGACAGGAUGGAAAAGUGCAAGGUGCAGUGGCCCUGUUUGGGAGACAGAUGCGAUCAGUUAGGUGGAAGGGACUAUACCCCGGAGUGUCCAGGUAUGGUGAAAGACACGUGUGCAAAAUGUUUUACGACAAAGGCACACCCGCUUCAGGACCUCUCAGGCUUCACGGAGGACCAAAAGGCCGAUUUUUCCGUUGCAUGUAAGAACCUCACUUACAGGACUACUUAUGCAAAUAAGCUGUCUGACGCUUCCCAAGGUCAAGCUGAAUGGCCAUGCCGCAACGAGUCUUGCGGUAGGCGGAUAAUGUAUAUGUUCAGCGCUGCAGCUUCUUAUCUUUCAUCAGAACGGGACUACACGCAUACCUGCCCGGAAUACUGGCGCUUCGACGAACCAUCGGGGACCUGCCAGCCGCCAAAGGUACUGGUCAAACGUGCACAAGAGGAUGCGGAGCAUGCUGAAGAGCUCGCUCUGAUGUGGCAGAGUUACACAGGAAGUUAUCGAGACACCGGCGAGAUUAGGCGGAUGGCAGCUCCCGAGCGGUCAGUCUUGGCAGCCCGUUGGGGCCUGAAGUGGCCUUGCCUCGCCGAAGUCGAUGAGAGUUCCUGCUUGCGGGACUAUUCUGGCGCUCCUUGCCCCAGAGGCUGGAUAAACGUGAUGAAUUCAGGAGCAUGCCAGGCACCGUCAGGUAAAACGGAGCAGCGUGGUAAAUGA